CAAAACAAAAUAAUAAAUAAAUGAUACUCAGAUUCAGAUAGCGACCAACCACAAUCCACAACCAAAGAAAGAGAGAGAGAGAGAGAGAGAGAGAGAGAGAGAGAGCAAAACAGAAGAGAAACAGAAAUAACAGUUUCAGAGCGAAGGAGAGGUAGAGAGAGAAUCAGAAAUCUGAAGAACGAAACAAGAAAUCUGAAGAGAUGCCGAGAGGAGCUUCAUCGCAAUCGGGGAAGCCCCAUAGCAGCCAUACAGUGCUACCGUACGAAACGCCGAAACUGAGAGACCAUUACCUGAUGGGCAAGAAGCUUGGGCAAGGCCAAUUCGGCACCACGUACCUCUGCAUCCACAAGCCCACCGGCGACCAAUACGCCUGCAAGUCCAUCCCCAAGCGUAAGCUCCUCUCCCCCGAGGAUUACGACGACGUUUGGAGGGAGAUUCAGAUCAUGCACCACUUGUCCGAGCACCCCAGCGUUGUUCAGAUCAAAGGCACCUACGAGGACUCUGUGUUUGUACACUUGGUGAUGGAGCUCUGCGCCGGCGGCGAGCUCUUUGAUAGGAUUGUCCAGAAGGGCCAUUACAGUGAGAGAGAGGCUGCCAAGCUCAUCAAGACCAUUGUUGGGGUCGUUGAGGCCUGCCACUCUCUUGGUGUCAUGCAUAGGGAUCUCAAGCCUGAGAAUUUCUUGUUUGAUACUCCUUCGGAUGAUGCCAUGCUCAAGGCCACCGAUUUCGGCUUGUCCGUCUUCUACAAGCCAGGACAAGUUUUUUAUGAUGUAGUUGGGAGCCCCUAUUAUGUUGCACCUGAGGUGUUAGCCAAGAUUUAUGGACCUGAAGUGGAUGUAUGGAGUGCUGGUGUGAUACUUUACAUCCUGUUAAGUGGAGUUCCUCCUUUUUGGGCAGAAACUGAAGCAGGGAUCUUCAGACAGAUUUUAGAUGGCAACAUAGAUUUUGAAUCUGAGCCUUGGCCUAAUAUUUCAGAAAGUGCAAAAGAUCUGAUGUAUAAGAUGCUUGAGAGGGAUCCAAAGCAAAGAAUUUCUGCCCAUGAAGUCCUAUGUCACCCAUGGAUUGUGGAUGACAGAGUUGCCCCAGACAAACCGCUAGAUUCAGCUGUUUUGUCUCGCCUCAAGCAGUUCUCAGCAAUGAAUAAACUUAAAAAGAUGGCUCUUCGUGUUAUAGCUGAAAGGCUGUCAGAAGAAGAGAUUGGUGGUCUAAAAGAGUUGUUCAAAAUGAUUGACACAGAUAAUAGCGGGACAAUAACAUUUGAGGAACUUAAAGCGGGCUUGAAAAGAGUGGGCUCUGAACUAAUGGAAUCUGAAAUCAAGUCUCUUAUGGAUGCAGCGGAUAUAGACAACAGUGGAACAAUAGACUAUGGUGAAUUUCUUGCUGCUACCUUGCACUUAAACAAGAUGGAAAGAGAGGAGAAUUUAGUUGCAGCCUUUUCCUUUUUUGACAAAGAUGGCAGUGGGUACAUUACCAUUGAUGAGCUUCAACAGGCUUGCAAAGAGUUUGGUCUGGGUGAUGUUCAUCUGGAUGAGAUUGUCAAAGAGAUUGAUCAAGACAAUGAUGGCCGUAUUGAUUAUGGGGAGUUUGCUGCAAUGAUGAGGAAGGGUGAUGGAGGAUUUGGGAAGAGCAGAACCAUGAGAAGCAAUUUGAACUUUAAUUUGGCUGAUGCUUUCGGAAUAAAAGACUCUACCUGAGAUACUAACAAAGAGCAAUUUUUUGUACACAUGCAAUUGUAAUAGGAAUUGAAUAGUUUACAUUUCUUAUGCUGGCUGAUUCCAAAGGUUUGUCUAUCUUGUAAUGAUGGCUAUGGUUCUUAGAGUUUUUUUUAUGUUGUAAUGUCAUCACUAAUUGUCUUUUUGAGAGCAAAAUCUAAUAUUUCCGUUGUUUUAGUAGAGAAUAGAGAAAGUUUGGCUUGAA